GCAGCAACAGAGAGAAUCGGGUUUGCAUUCAUAGGUGUGAUCAGCUCGGAGCGGAGCUGGAGCUGGCUGUCAUCCGCAACAAAGCAUCGGUCUGAGCGCCUUUUUGAUGCCGAGGAUCAGACCUGCAUCAUCCAUAGAUCGAGCCAUGCAUUCAAGGAAUAGGUGAAUCGUGCGUGCCAGGAGAAACCUUUUGCGCCAGAGUGCGCAUUUGGAGAGGCGCAUCAGACUGCAGCUUCACAGGAUCAUCGGACCUUGCUUUAUUGUUUCUGGCCUUUUUAUACACAUAUUUUAGUGUGUGUGUCCUGUUGAAAUAUGAUGUUGCGCUCCACGGCUUGCAGGCUGCUUGUCGGAUUGUUCUUCCUGGGGUUUUUGUACAGUUUGGAGGUGGUUCUUCCUGCAAGGGCAAUAGAUGCUCCAAAAACGUGCAGCCCGAAGCAGUUUGUCUGCAGGGAUCAGGUGACGUGUAUCUCCAAAGGCUGGCGCUGUGACGGGGAGAAAGACUGUCCGGACGGCUCAGACGAGGCUCCAGACGUCUGUCCUCAUAACCGUGUGUCCCGCUGUCCUCCUAAUGAACAUCAGUGUCUGGGUUCAGACGUGUGUGUUCACAUGAGCAAACUGUGUAAUGGUGUCCCGGACUGCACCGAUGGAGGAGACGAGGGCCCACACUGUAGAGAACUGGCGCACAACUGUACUCUCUCCGGCUGUCAGGAUGAGUGUGGCGUGACGCGCGGCGGCCCCGUCUGCUUCUGCAAGAGCGGAUACGAGAUCAGCCAAGAUGGAAAGACCUGCAAAGAUUUUGACGAAUGUACGGUGUACGGCACCUGCAGUCAGACGUGCACCAACACAGACGGCUCCUACAGCUGCUCCUGUGUGGAAGGUUAUCUCGUCCAGCCAGACAACAGAUCCUGCAAGGCCAAGAACGUGCCUGUGGAUCGUCUGCCCGUCUUACUGAUCGCCAACUCCCAGAACAUCCAGAUCACGUCUCUGAGCGGCUCCAGCAGCCCUUCACUGCACAUCACCACAAAGCAGACCACGGCCAUGGACUUCCUGUACACGCAGGAAACCGUCUGCUGGAUCAACGUGGGCGACUCUCCGGCGGGAACGCAUCUGAAGUGCGCCAAGAUCGCAGGACUCAAGAGCUUCAGCGAGGAGAGGACCAUCAACAUCUCGCUCAGCCUGCACCAUGUGGAGCAGAUGGCGAUCGACUGGCUUACUGGAAACUUCUACUUUGUUGACGACGUGGAUGAUCGAAUCUUCGUAUGUGAUAAAGAUGGAGCUACAUGUGUGACACUGUUGGACCAAGAGCUCUACAACCCCAAAGGCAUCGCUCUGGACCCGACCAUGGGAAAGGUUUUCUUCACUGACUACGGGCAGAUCCCGAAGGUGGAACGCUGUGACAUGGAUGGACAGAACCGGACAAAGUUGGUGGACAGUAAAAUAGUUUUCCCACAUGGAAUCACCCUUGAUUUGGUCAACAGGCUGGUCUAUUGGGCUGAUGCUUAUCUGGACUACAUCGAGGUUGUGGACUAUGAGGGCAAAAACAGACACACCAUCAUUCAAGGACUGUUGAUUGAGCAUCUAUAUGGACUCACAGUGUUUGAGAACUACCUAUACGCCACAAACUCAGACAAUGCCAACAUGCAGCCGAAGACCAGUGUGAUCCGCGUCAACCGAUUCAACAGCUCGGAUUAUCAGGUGGUCACUCGAGUGGAUAAAGGUGGAGCUCUGCAUGUUUACCACCAGAGACGGCAGCCCCCAGUGCGCAGUCACGCGUGUGAGCCGGAUCAGUUCGGGAAAGCUGGAGGUUGUUCAGACAUCUGUCUUUUGGGAAACAGCCACAAGAGCCGCACGUGUCGCUGUCGCUCCGGCUUCAGCCUCGGCAACGACGGCAAAUCCUGCAAAAAGCCUGAGCAUGAGUUAUUCCUGGUGUAUGGGAAGGGGCGUCCGGGUGUCAUCCGCGGGAUGGACAUCAACCCUAAAGUCCAGGAUGAAUACAUGAUCCCCAUUGAGAACCUGAUGAACCCUCGAGCGCUGGACUUCCACGCUCAGAGUAACUUCAUCUACUUCGCCGACGCCACCAGUUACCUGAUCGGCCGCCAGAAGAUCGACGGCACAGAGAGGGACAUCAUCCUGAAAGAAGGUAUUCACACUGUUGAAGGAAUCGCUGUGGAUUGGAUGGCCAACAAUCUCUACUGGACGGAUGACGGUCCAAAGAAGACCAUCAGUGUGGCUCGGCUGGAGAAAGCGUCUCAGACCAGAAAGACUCUGAUUGAGGGCAAGAUGACCCAUCCUCGAGCUAUAGUGGUGGACCCCCGGCAUGGCUGGAUGUAUUGGACUGACUGGGAAGAGGACCCGAAGGAGAGCAAGCGAGGGAAGAUUGAGCGGGCCUGGAUGGACGGAACCAACCGGAACGUUCUUCUGACCUCAAAAACGGUGCUGUGGCCCAAUGGUCUGAGUCUGGACAUCCCUCAGGGCAUCCUGUACUGGGUGGACGCAUAUUAUGACCGCAUCGAGAUGGUUUAUCUCAACACCACUGGACGCAAGACGGUUUAUGACGGACAGGAACUAAACCAUGCUUUUGGCCUGUGCCAUUAUAAGCACUUCCUGUUCUGGAAUGAGUAUCGCAGCGGCAGCAUCUAUAAACUGGACCAGAACACCAAAACGGUCACUUUGCUACGCAACGAACGUCCACCAAUCUUCGAGAUCCGCAUGUAUGACGCCCAGCAGCAGCUAGGAAGUAACGCAUGUCGAUCCAAUAACGGCGGCUGCAGUAGUCUGUGUUUGGCCACGCCCACUGGCAGGUCAUGUGCCUGUGCUGAGGACCAAUUACUGGACCCCGCUGACAACACCAGCUGUAAAGCGAAUCCGUCAUACAUCCCCCCUCCGCAGUGUCAGCCAGGAGAGUUCGCCUGUAAGAACAACCGCUGCAUUCAGGAGCGCUGGAAGUGUGACGGAGACAACGACUGUCUGGACAACAGCGACGAGACCGCUGAGCUCUGCCAUCAGCACACCUGCCCUGCAGACAGAUUCAAGUGUCAGAAUAAUCGCUGCAUCCCGAUGCGCUGGCUGUGUGACGGAGACAACGACUGCGGCAAUGAUGAAGACGAGUCCAACACCACAUGCUCGGCUCGGACGUGUCCUCCGAAUCAGUACUCAUGUGCCAGCGGCCGUUGUAUCCCCAUCUCCUGGACCUGUGACCUGGACGACGACUGCGGUGAUCGCUCCGACGAACCACCGUCCUGCGCGUACCCGACCUGUUUCCCGCUCACUCAGUUCACCUGCGACAACGGCCGCUGCAUCAACAUCAACUGGCGCUGCGAUAACGACAAUGACUGUGGUGAUAACAGUGAUGAAGCCGGCUGCAGUCACUCGUGCUCCAGCGCUCAGUUUAAGUGUAACAGCGGUCGAUGUAUUCCCGAUUACUGGACCUGCGAUGGAGACAACGACUGCGGAGACUACAGCGACGAGACCCACGCCAACUGCACUAACCAGGCAACCCGUCCACCUGGUGGCUGUCACACAGAUGAGUUCCAGUGUCGCAUGGACGGCUUGUGUAUUCCCCUGCGCUGGCGGUGUGAUGGAGACACCGACUGCAUGGAUCUGAGCGAUGAAAAGAACUGCGAGGGUGUAACACACAUGUGUGACCCAGCAGUGAAGUUUGGCUGCAAGGACUCUGCGCGGUGUAUCAGCAAGGCUUGGGUGUGUGACGGUGACAGUGACUGUGAAGAUAACUCCGAUGAGGAUAACUGCGAGGCGCUGGUGUGUAAGCUCUCCCAUCACGUGUGUGCCAAUGACUCCAACAUUUGUCUGCCCGCUGAGAAACUCUGCGACGGCAAAGACGACUGUCCUGACGGCUCCGAUGAGAAACUCUGUGAUCUCUGUUCUCUGGACAAUGGCGGCUGCAGUCAUAACUGUACGGUGGCUCCGGGCGAGGGCAUUCUGUGCUCGUGCCCGCUGGGAAUGGAGCUGGGCACCAACAACAAGACGUGCCAGAUCCAGGGCUUCUGCGCCAAACACCUGAAGUGCAGCCAGCGCUGUGAACAGGACAAGUUCAAUGUCAAGUGCUCCUGCUAUGAAGGAUGGGCCCUCGAACCUGACAUGGAGAGCUGCAGGAGCACUGAUCCCUUUAAACCGUUCAUCAUCUUCUCCAACCGGCACGAGAUCAGACGGAUCGAUCUUCAUAAAGGAGAGUUCAGUGUGUUGGUUCCCGGCCUGAGAAACACCAUCGCUCUGGAUUUCCACCUCAACGAGAGCUCUCUCUACUGGACGGACGUCGUGGAGGACAAAAUAUACAGAGGGAAGCUGUCAGAGAAUGGUGCUCUGACCAGUUUUGACGUGGUGAUCCAGUAUGGGUUAGCGACUCCCGAGGGUCUGGCUGUGGACUGGAUUGCCGGAAACAUCUACUGGGUGGAGAGUAAUCUGGAUCAGAUUGAAGUGGCCAAACUGGACGGGACGAUGCGCACUACACUACUAGCUGGAGACGUGGAGCAUCCGAGAGCCAUUGCACUUGAUCCCAGAGAAGGGAUUCUGUUCUGGACCGACUGGGACGCCAGCAUGCCCAGGAUUGAAGCCGCAUCUAUGAGCGGGCACGGCAGACGCACCAUACAUAAGGAGACCGGCAGCGGCGGCUGGCCAAACGGACUGACCGUGGACUACCUGGAGCGCCGCAUACUGUGGAUAGACGCCAGAUCUGACGCCAUUUAUUCAGCCAAGUAUGACGGGUCAGGUCUGAUCGAGGUGCUCAGAGGACACGAGUAUCUCUCGCACCCGUUCGCUGUGACGAUGUACGGCGGGGAGGUGUACUGGACCGACUGGCGCACAAACACACUCGCCAAGGCCAACAAGUGGACGGGAAACAACGUCACGGUGGUCCAGAGAACAAACACACAGCCCUUCGACCUGCAGGUCUACCAUCCGUCCAGACAACCACAAGCGCCGAACCCGUGUGCUGCUCGAGGAGGUCUGGGUCCAUGUUCUCAUCUGUGUCUGAUCAACUAUAACCAGACGUUCUCCUGCGCCUGUCCACAUCUCAUGAGGCUCAGAGAAGACAACCACACAUGCUACGAGUCUCGACAGUUUCUGCUGUACGCGCGUCAGAUUGAGAUCCGAGGAGUGGACAUCCAUAACCCCUACUAUAACUACAUCAUCUCCUUCACCGUGCCGGACAUCGAUAACGUGACGGUGGUGGAUUAUGACGCUCUGGAGAAGCGAAUCUACUGGUCAGACGUGCGGACGCAGACCAUCAAGAGAGCCUUCAUUAAUGGCACAGGCAUCGAGACUGUGGUGUCUGCAGAUAUUCCCAACGCACACGGUCUGGCGGUGGACUGGGUUUCUCGAAAUCUCUUCUGGACCAGCUAUGAUGGCAAUAAGAAGCAGAUUAACGUGGCCCGACUGGACGGAUCCUUUAAGAACGCUGUGAUUCAGGGUCUGGACAAACCACACUGCCUAGUGCUGCAUCCUAUACUAGGAAAGCUGUACUGGACUGAUGGCGACAACAUCAGCAUGGCAAACACUGACGGCACAAACCAAACCAUGAUCUUCACCAACCAGAAAACACCAGUGGGUCUAUCCAUUGACUUUGACGCUGAGCAUCUGUACUGGGUCAGCUCUGGGAACAGCACCAUCAACCGCUGUAAGCUGGACGGCUCCGGGCUGGAGGUUUUAGACUCUGUGAAGGGCAAACUGAACAAAGCCUCCGCGCUGGCCAUCAUGGGUGAUAAGCUGUGGUGGGCGGAUCAGGGCACGGAUCAGAUCGGCACCUGUGAUAAGAGUGACGGAGGAAGCUGGAAGGUGUUGAGGAACAGCACAUCUGGCAUGAUUCACAUGAAGAUCUACAAUGAGACCGUGCAGACAGGUUCAAACUUGUGCAGUAAAAAUAAUGGCGACUGCUCUCAGCUGUGUCUGCCCACAUCUCCAUCCUCUCGCUCCUGCAUGUGUACAGCGGGAUACAGCCUGCGGAGCGGACAGCAGUCCUGUGAAGGUGUGGGCUCCUUCCUGUUGUACUCGGUUCAUGAGGGCAUUCGAGGAAUCCCGCUGGAUCCUGCUGAUAAGUCUGAUGCUCUUGUACCUGUGUCAGGAACCUCACUCGCCGUCGGGAUUGAUUUCCAUGCAGAUAAUGACACUAUCUACUGGGUGGACAUGGGUUUGAGCACCAUCAGCAGAGCAAAACGAGAUCAAACGUGGAGAGAAGACAUCAUCACUAAUGGCAUCGGUCGCGUGGAGGGCAUCGCUGUGGACUGGAUCGCCGGGAACAUCUACUGGACGGAUCAGGGCUUUGAUGUGAUCGAGGUGGCUCGACUCAACGGCUCCUUCAGAUAUGUGGUCAUUUCUCAAGGUCUGGACAAACCACGCGCCAUCACUGUCCAUCCUGAGAGAGGGUAUCUGUUCUGGACUGAGUGGGGUCAGUAUCCCCGUAUUGAGCGCUCUCGUCUGGAUGGAUCCGGCAGAGCAGUGCUGGUCAAUGUCAGCAUCAGCUGGCCCAACGGCAUCUCUGUUGACUACCAGGAUGGUUUGCUGUACUGGUGUGACGCUCGCACAGAUAAGAUCGAGCGCAUUAAUCUGGAGACGGGCGAGAACAGAGAGGUGGUGCUGUCCAGCAACAACAUGGACAUGUUCUCUGUGUCUGUGUUUGAGAACUACAUUUACUGGAGCGACCGGACUCAUGCGAAUGGCUCAAUCAAGCGUGGCAGUAAAGACAACUCCACAGAUUCAGUGAGUCUGAGGACGGGCAUCGGCGUCCAGCUCAAAGACAUCAAGGUGUUCAACAGAGCAAGACAGCAAGGCACUAAUAUCUGCAAGAUUAAUAACGGAGGCUGUCAGCAGCUGUGUCUGUACCGCGGGAACGCUCAGCGGACGUGUGCGUGUGCUCAUGGGAUGCUGGCAGAGGACGGCCAGAGCUGCAGAGAUUACGACGGAUACCUGCUGUACUCGGAGCGCACCAUCCUCAAGAGUGUGCACUUAUCAGACGAAAACAACCUCAACGCCCCCAUCAAACCCUUUGAAGACCCCGAGCACAUGAAGAACGUGAUCGCGCUCACUUUCGACUACCGCGGAGGAGGAGGCAAAGGAGCAAACCGCAUCUUUUACAGCGACAUUCACUUCGGAAACAUCCAGCAGAUCAAUGAUGAUGGCUCCGAUCGCAAGACUGUAGUAGAGAAUGUGGGCUCAGUGGAGGGUCUGGCGUACCACAGAGCCUGGGACACUUUAUACUGGACCAGUUACACCACCUCCACCAUCAGCAGACACACCGUGGACCAGAGCCGCUGGGGCGCCUUCGACCGGGACACUGUGGUCACCAUGUCUGGAGACGACCAUCCACGAGCAUUCGUCCUGGAUGAGUGUCAGAACCUGAUGUUCUGGACUAACUGGAAUGAACAGUCUCCCAGUAUCAUGCGCGCUCAGCUUUCUGGCUCCAAUGUGAUUGUAAUCAUCGGCAGUGAUAUCCGCACUCCCAACGGCCUCGCCAUCGACCACCGCGCAGAGAAACUGUAUUUCUCAGACGCUACGUUGGAUAAGAUCGAGCGAUGCGAGUACGACGGCACACACCGAUACGUGGUCCUAAAGAACGAGCCGGUGCACCCCUUCGGUUUGGCCGUGUACGGAGACCACAUCUUCUGGACAGACUGGGUGCGCAGAGCCGUCCUGCGAGCAGAUAAAUAUGUAGGAGGAGAAAUGAAGGUGUUGAGAGCUGAUAUUCCUCAGCAGCCCAUGGGGAUCGUGGCUGUGGCCAAUGACACGAACAGCUGCGAGUUUUCUCCAUGCCGGGUGAAUAACGGAGGCUGUCAGGAUCUGUGUCUGCUCACAUCAGACGGCCGGGUGAACUGUAGCUGUCGUGGAGAGAGGAAACUGCUGGAGGACAACACAUGCAUCGCUCAGAACACGUCCUGCAGCAGUAUGGAGGAUUUCGAGUGUGGGAACGGAGACUGUAUCAAAUACACGCUCACCUGUGACGGCAUGGCCCACUGCAAAGACAAGUCUGAUGAGAAACAGUCCUACUGCACUAAUCGUGUGUGUAAGAAGGGCUACAAGCGCUGUGUGAACGGCCGCUGUGUUGGUCAUAACACCUGGUGUAACGGGCGAGACGACUGCGGCGAUAACUCUGAUGAACUCUUCUGUAACGCGACGCUGUGUACGGCGGAUCAGUUUCAGUGUAGAGAUGGUGUGUGCGUGUCGAACUCCAGCCGCUGUAAUCAAGUGUUGGACUGUGACGACGCCAGCGAUGAAAUGAACUGCUCGGCGUCUGAUUGCUCCAGUUAUUUCCGUCUGGGUGUGAAAGGCGUCACGUAUCAGCGCUGUGAGUUCACGUCGCUCUGUUACGCUCCAUCAUGGGUGUGUGACGGAGCCAACGACUGCGGAGACUAUUCAGACGAGAGGAACUGCCCAGAUAAGAAAAAGCGAAAGUGUCCAUCAAACUUCUUCGCUUGUCCCAAUGGUCGCUGUAUCCCCAUGAGCUGGACUUGCGACAAGGAGAACGACUGUGAUAAUGGAGACGACGAGGCUCACUGUGAUAAGUUCUGCUCGGCGACGCAGUUCGAGUGUGGGAAUCAUCGCUGUAUUUCCAGCAGCUGGGUGUGUGACGGAGCGGACGACUGCGGAGAUGGCACUGAUGAAGACAGCAGAUGCAAGAAUAAGACGUGCAGUGCGGAUGCGUUCCAGUGUCCAGACUCUCACAAGUGUGUCCCGCAGCGCUGGGUGUGUGACGGAGACAGAGACUGUCCUGAUGGAGCCGACGAGAGUGUGAAGGCCGGCUGCGUGUUCAACAACACGUGUCAUGCGGGAGAGUUCAUGUGUCAGAACAGACAGUGUAUCCCCAAACACUUUGUGUGUGACCAUGAUAAUGACUGCGGAGACGGCUCUGAUGAAUCUCUGGAGUGCGAGUAUCCUGCAUGUAAGGUGAAUGAGUUCCGCUGUGAUAACGGCCGCUGUCUGAUCCAGAAGUCCUGGGAGUGUGACGGAGAGUUUGACUGUCAUGAUCACUCAGACGAAGCUCCUAAAAACCCUCACUGCAGCGGCACUGGAGAAAAGCAGUGUAAUGAGACGGAGUAUGCGUGUGGCAAUGGGAAGUGCAUCAGUGAGUCUCUCCUGUGUAAUCGUGAGGACGACUGUGGCGACGGGACGGACGAACUCAACUGCUUCAUUAAUGAGUGUCUGAACAGCAAGCUGAGCGGCUGCUCUCAGCUCUGCGAAGACCAGAAGAUCGGAUUCAAGUGCAGAUGUCACUCCGGCUUCAGACUGAAGGAUGAUGGGAAGACGUGUGUGGAUGUGGACGAGUGCUCCACCACGUACCCCUGCACGCAGCACUGCAUUAACACACACGGCAGCUUCAGAUGUGUGUGUGUGGACGGAUUCCAGCUCAGCCCGUCCGACCCCACCAUCUGCAAAUCCACCUCUGACGAGGAGCCGUUCCUCAUCUUCGCCAACCGUUAUUACCUGAGAAAGCUCAACCUGGACGGCUCAAACUACACUCUUCUGAAGCAGGGUCUGAAUAACGCCGUAGCGCUGGACUUCGAUUACAGACAGCAGAUGAUCUACUGGACGGAUGUGACCACGCAGGGCAGCAUGAUCAGACGCAUGAACAUCAACGGCAGCAACGUCCAGGUUCUGCAUCGCACGUCUCUCAGUAACCCAGACGGUCUGGCUGUGGAUUGGGUCGGGGGAAACCUCUACUGGUGUGAUAAAGGACGGGACACUAUAGAGGUGUCCAAGCUAAACGGAGCGUACAGGACUGUGCUGGUCAAUUCAGGACUGAGGGAACCACGAGCUGUCGCUGUGGACGUACGCAAUGGAUAUCUGUACUGGUCAGACUGGGGUGAUAUUCCUCACAUCGGGCGCAUUGGGAUGGACGGCACCAACAGAAGUGUGAUCGUUCAGGACAAGAUAACCUGGCCCAAUGGCCUGACUCUGGACUUUAUCAAUGACCGCAUAUACUGGGCUGAUGCCAGAGAAGAUUACAUCGAGUUCGCCAGCUUAGAUGGAACCAACAGACACACAGUGUUGAGUCAGGACAUCCCGCACAUCUUCGCCAUGACUCUAUUCGAGGAGUUCAUCUACUGGACGGACUGGGAGACCAAGUCCAUCAACAGAGCUCAUAAAACACAGGGAACCAACAAGAGCAUGUUGAUCAGCACGCUACACAGACCCAUGGACAUCCACAUCUUCCACCCCUACAGACAGCCUGAAGUGCCGAAUCACCCAUGUCAGACAGAUAACGGCGGCUGCAGUAACCUGUGUCUGCUGUCUCCGGGUGGAGGCUAUAAAUGUGCCUGUCCCACAAACUUCUACCUGGCUGCGGAUGGGAAACAGUGCAUGUCCAACUGCACCGCCAGCCAGUUUGUCUGUAAGAAUGAUAAGUGUAUCCCGUUCUGGUGGAAGUGUGACACUGAGGACGACUGUGGAGACCGCUCUGAUGAACCCGCUGACUGCCCGGACUUCAAGUGCAGACCGGGCCAGUUCCAGUGUGGGACGGGCAUCUGUACAAACCCUGCAUACAUCUGUGAUGGAGACAAUGACUGCCAGGACAACUCUGAUGAGGCCAACUGCGAUAUCCACGUGUGUUUGCCCAGUCAGUUUAAGUGCACCAACCCCAGCCGCUGCAUUCCAGGAAUCUUCCGCUGUAACGGUCAGGAUAACUGUGGAGAAGGAGAGGACGAGAAGGACUGCCCGGAGGUGACGUGUGCACCAAACCAGUUCCAGUGUACAGUAACCAAGCGCUGCAUCCCUCGAGUGUGGGUUUGUGACCGAGACAACGACUGCGUGGAUGGAUCUGAUGAACCCGCCAACUGCACUCAGAUGACGUGUGGUGUGGAUGAGUUUCGCUGUAAGGACUCAGGUCGCUGUAUUCCUGCGCGCUGGAAGUGUGACGGAGAAGACGACUGCGGAGACUCUUCAGACGAGCCCAAAGAGGAGUGCGAUGAGCGGACGUGUGAGCCGUAUCAGUUCCGCUGUAAAAACAACCGCUGUGUUCCCGGACGCUGGCAGUGUGACUACGACAAUGACUGUGGAGACAAUUCAGAUGAAGACAAGUGUGUGCCCCGGCAGUGCUCUGAGAGUGAGUUUUCCUGCACUAGCGGUCGCUGUAUUGCCGGCAGAUGGAAGUGUGAUGGAGAUCAUGAUUGCGCCGAUGGAUCUGAUGAGCACGGCUGUGAUGUGAAGUGUGAUAAUGACCAGUUUCUGUGUAAUAACGGUCACUGUAUCCCGUUCCGCUGGCGCUGCGAUGCUGACGCCGACUGUAUGGACGGCAGUGAUGAGGAAAACUGCAACACUGGAGUGGGUCAGUUCUGCCCUCUGGAUGAGUUUCAGUGUAAUAACACUCUCUGUAAGCCGCUGGGCUGGAAGUGUGACGGCGAAGACGACUGCGGAGACAAUUCAGACGAAAACCCAGACGUCUGCAAGCGCUUUCAGUGUCCUCCGUCCAGACAGUUCAGAUGUCAUAAUGAUCGUGUGUGUUUGCCGCUAUCUAAACAUUGUGACGGUGUCAAUAACUGCGGAGACAACAGCGAUGAGCAGAACUGCCAAUCUCCAGCUCCUGCCGUCUGUGGAAAGAGUGAGUUCACCUGCAGCUCGGGAAAAUGUAUCAGCUUAAACCUGCGCUGUAACUUCUUCAAUGACUGCGAAGAUUAUGGCUCGGACGAGAUCAACUGCAACAAGAAAGAUUCGGGUCUGAAUGAAUGCAGAUUGAAUCGCAGUAUGUGUGGAGAUGAAGGUCACUGUGUGGUGAACGGAAGUGACUCGUUCUGCUCCUGCAGACCCGGAUUCCAGAAAACACACCCGCAAACCUGCUCAGAUGUGAACGAGUGCAGGGAGUUCGGGAUCUGCUCUCACAUCUGCAACAACACUAAAGGAGGACACAAGUGCAGCUGCCACAAGAACUUCAUCAGAGUCAACGACACCUGCAAAGCUGACAGCAGUGAUAAACAGGCUCUGUAUGUGGCGGAUGACAAUGAAAUCCGCAGUUUGUAUCCUGGAAUGCAGAACUGGAUUUAUGAGCAGGCUUUUCAAGGAGACGCCAACGUUCGCAUCGAUGCCAUGGACCUGCACAUUAAAUCCAAGCGCAUCUUCUGGACCAACUGGCACACGGGCCGGAUCUCUUCAUUCGAGCAGCCGUCAGCCGGACCCACAUCACCAAACUCCAACCGCAACCGCAGACAAACCGACCCCAGAGUCACGGAUCUGGAGAUCCCAGGUCUGAAGAUGCCGCGUGGCAUUGCUGUGGACUGGGUGGCCAAUAACAUCUACUGGACAGACUCGGGUCGAGAUGUGAUCGAGGUGGCGCAGAUGAACGGACGAAACCGAAAAACACUGAUCUCAGGAAUGAUCGACGAGCCGUACGCCAUCGUGGUGGAUCCGCAGAGAGGCACCAUGUAUUGGGCCGACUGGGGAAACCAUCCGAAGAUCGAGACGGCGGCGAUGGACGGGACCCUGAGAGAGACGCUGGUCCACGAGAACAUCCAGUGGCCCACAGGUCUAGCGGUGGAUUAUUUCAACGAGCGUCUGUACUGGGCUGAUGCUAAACUCUCAGUGAUCGGGAGCGUCAGACUGAACGGCACGGAUCCGGUCAUCGCCGUCUCCAGCAUUAAAAACAAUCUGCAGCAACCUUUCAGCAUCGACAUCUUUGAGGAUUUCGUAUAUGGAGUGACGUAUCACAACAACUUUGUUUUCCGCGUCAACAAGUUUGGCAAGAGUUCAGUGGAGCAUCUGACUACAGGAAUGAACCACGCCACAGAUCUGGUGCUCUACCACCCUUACAAACAGCCAGAGAUGGCGAACCCAUGUGACAGGAAGAAGUGUGAGUGGUUGUGUUUGCUGAGUCCCAGUGGUCCGGUCUGCACGUGUCCAAACGGCCGAAUUCUGGACAACGGCACCUGUGUGGAGAUUCCUGCCCCGACACUGAGCCCUGUCUCUCCGAGCGGCUCCUGUAAUCUGCUGUGUCUCAACGGUGGAACUUGUGUCCUGAACGCCAGAAAGCUGCCCAAGUGUCGCUGUCAGCCCAACUAUGGAGGAGAGAGAUGUGAGCUGAACCAGUGCAGAGGAUACUGCCAGAAUGGAGGAACCUGCACCGCUUCACCCACAGGAGCUCCGACGUGCCGCUGUCUGGCAGGCUUCACAGGACCCAACUGCAACCAGCGCACAUGUGAAAACUACUGUAAAAGUGGAGGAAACUGCACAGUUAGUCGUGGAAAUCAACCAACAUGCAGCUGCCCUGUCGACUUUCUGGGAGACCAGUGCCAAUACCGCACGUGUGAUGGCUUCUGUGAUAAUGGAGGGACGUGUUUGCAGUCCAGCGAUGGAUCGAGACAAUGCCGCUGUCCUCCACGCUUCAUCGGCAACAACUGUGAGGUGGACAAAUGUCACUACUGCCGUGAUGGCAAGUGUAUUCCUAAAAACAUCUACCAGCCUAAAGGAGACGUCACAUGCAGGUGUACCAGUGACAGAAUCCAGCCCAGCUGUUACACAUGUGAAGGAUACUGUGCUAAUGGCCAAUGCUCACUCGGCUCCACAAGCCUCCCGCAGUGCAAGUGUCCUCUUGGUUGGGAAGGUCAUCGCUGUGAGAAUCCUGCACAGAAUGAAAACGCUGAAUCCAGUGGCCGAACAGCUUCGAUAGUAAUACCAGUGAUUUUACUGAUUCUGCUGGUUCUGCUGAUUGGCGGAGCGGUGUUGUGGUACAGGAAGAGAAUGAGCGAGGGUGAGCUUGGCAAAUCCCGCUCCAACGGCCAGCGAGCUAAAGGCUUCCAGCAUCAGAGGAUGACCAACGGCGCUAUGAAUGUGGAGAUCGGGAACCCGGCCUAUAAAAUAUAUGAAGGAGAGCAGGACGAUGAUGUUGGAGAACUGCUGGACGCAGACUUCACACUGGAUCCCGACAAACCGACCAACUUCACGAAUCCAGUGUAUGCGACGCUGUACAUGGGCGCUCACAACAGCCGAAACUCUCUGGCCAGCACAGACGAGAAGAAAGAGCUGCUUUCAAGAGGAGACGAAGAACCUCUGGUGGACCCGCUGGCUUAAACACACACACACACACACACACACACACACACACACACACGACAUACCGUUUGCCUUUUUAACAAAAAGAAGAAAACAUGAAGAAAAUCAAUUAAGUGUUAACACUGUAUAAAAUGUACAAAAAUGGACUACUUUUGUAUGUGAUUGCAGUAUUAUAUUCUGUUCUUUUACAAUUCCUCUGAUCACAAACAAAACAUCACAAGACAACAAACGACACAUUUUCUACGACAACGACAAAAAUUUGCCUUUCUUUUCUUAUUUUUUAGGGUUUGAUUUUUUUUUGAUUUGUAGGUCACCUCCCUUUUACCUUAAUAGCCACUACCUCUGUGCAAUAUGGAGUCAAAACAAGACAGAAAAAAAGAUGAGAUGGGAACAUAUGACAUUUUUUUAUUUUUGUAUGAGAUGUAUAGAGAAAAAAAUGUUGUUCCGUCAGUUUCGAAGGCAACUUUGACACGGAACCGAUGUUGUUUGCUUCAAAAUAUUUCCACGAUAUCAAGCGGAUGUUAUCGAUUUUACAGUACGUGCCAGUUUUACUACUCCCGUUGUACGUUCAUGAUUAUUUAUAAGGAUAAAGGCUUUUCUCGUGCACAGAUCCGAACCAUUGCAAUAUUACUUACGCUUAUUACCAACUUUUACACGAAGCGAUUUUUUAAGUGAGAAUGUCGGUGUUGUAGAUUUGGACGCACUCGACUGAAGAUGUUUCUCAUGAUCUUUAAAAGUGUUUUGAUCUAAAGGCUUCUGCUUAACUGCUUGAGAUUAGUUUUAUAGACGACAAUAAAAUUGUGCCUAUGUAUGAAUCUCUUUACUGAACUAAACGUUUAGUUUUUUUGUUGAAAUGUACAAAAUAAAGUGGGCGAACCGGUGUGGUGAGAGAGAGAGGAGUUCAGCACA